CCCUCGCCGCUGCCACCAAACUCCUUGGGGCCGCGGAGACCGCAGAACGACCCGGGCAGGGGCCCCAGGGAGAGGAAGAGGAGGCGACAGCAGUGGUGGUGGUAGUGGUGGAUGAAGAGGAGACCCCGAGGAGGAGGAGGAAGAGGAGGUGACAGUGGUGGUGGAUGAAGAGGAGAUCCCGAGGAGGAGGAGGAAGAGGAGGUGACAGCGGUGGUGGUGGUGGUGGAUGAAGAGGAGACCCCGAGGAGGAGGAAGAGGAGGUGACAGUGGUGGUGGUGGAUGAAGAGGAGACCCCGAGGAGGAGGAAGAGGAGGUGACAGUGGUGGUGGUGGUGGAUGAAGAGGAGACCCCGAGGAGGAGGAAGAGGAGGUGACAGUGGUGGUGGUGGUGGUGGAUGAAGAGGAGACCCCGAGGAGGAGGAAGAGGAGGUGACAGUGGUGGUGGUGGUGGUGGAUGUAGAGGAGACCCCGAGGAGGAGGAAGAGGAGGUGACAUUGGUGGUGGUGGAUGUAGAUGAGACCCCGAGGAGGAGGAAGAGGAGGCGACAGUGGUGGUGGUGGAUGAAGAGGAGACCCCGAGGAGGAGGAGGAAUAGGAGGCGACAGUGGUGGUGGUGGAUGAAGAGGAGACCCCGAGGAGGAGGAGGAAUAGGAGGCGACAGUGGUGGUGGUGGAUGAAGAGGAGACCCCGAGGAGGAGGAAGAGGCGACAGUGGUGGUGGUGGCUGUAGAGAAGCUCUCGCUUCUGAAGGGCAGCAGGGGCAGCUCUCGCUUCUGAAGGGCAGCAGGGGCAGCUCUCGCUGCUGAAGGGCAGCAGGGGCAGCUCUCCCUUCUGAAGGGCAGCAGGGGCAGCUCUCCCUUCUGAAGGGAUUGGAGCUGCUGCGGCUGCUGUUGUUGUUGCUGCUGCUGCCCGAGUUGGGAGCGGCGCUCGCGAGAGGCGCGUGGCUGUCCCACGUGACUCGGCGUGCUGGUCAGGAGGAGGAUACGGUGCCGCGGGGUCCUUUGGGCGAUGUCCACCCGGCCCGACUUCAAGGUGGUCCUCCUGGGAGAGGUGAGCGUGGGCAAGACGUCGCUGCUGCGGCGCUACACGGAGCGACGCUUCGAGGACACCAUCAGCACCGUGGGGGGAGCCUUCGUCAUGCGGGAGUGGGCCGGGCACACGGUGGCCCUGUGGGACACGGCAGGCAAUGAGCGGUUCCACGGGCUGGGCUCCAUGUUCUGCCGCGGGGCGCGCGCCGUGCUGCUGGUGUACGACGUGACGAGCCGCGCCACCUUCGCCGCACUCGAGGAGCGUUUCCUGGGCCUGGCCGACUCGGCCGACGCCGACUGCAUCUUCGCUCUCGUCGGCAACAAGGCCGACCUCCUGCCGCCGCCGCCCCGGAGCGACGAGAGCCGCCUCGGGGCGCCGGCGGCGGACGGGGAGGAGACGGAAUCGCGCCCACGGGAAGUGACGGAGGAGGACGCUCGCGAGUUUUACGGCCGCAUCCUCCGCUACCGCGACACCGUGGCGGGGAGCGCCGCCGGUGCCGCCGGGACGCGGCGGCCGGCGAUGCCGGCGGCGGAGCGGGCCUGCUUCGUGGCGAGCGCCAAGAGCGGCCGCGGCGUGGACGAGGCGUUCGAGGGCGUCUUCGAGAUGCUCGUGCCGCGGCGUCGCGAUCCGUGUGGCACGGUUCACCUGGACGGUGCGGGGAAGCGCCAGCGCGGGCGCUGCUCCUGCUCCUGAGUGUCGGCGGCGGUGGGGGGUGGCGGUGGACCGGCGCAAUCGCCUGGGGCGAAUGUGGAUACAAAAACAAGAGGCGAUUUCCUGCUCGAACGAGCGGCACCGAAGCAUCGGUGCCCAUCAUGUCACGGCCCUGCGGAGCUAGCAUAAGCGAGGGAAGUUCCACAUUGCUGUGGCGGGGAUGUCCGGUUGUACGUUGAACUUAUUUCGCACCGUACGUAGCCAACCUUGCCAAUCGGAGGCGCGGCGGAUGAAUCUAACCAGAGGACAAGCUGCUACUGACUUUCCCAACUCUGCGCUAUCUACUUUAUCGACUAUGCUGGGAUGAUGAUGGGCCGAGUCAACCUCCAAUGAGGAUUUGAACUUCCAGGCUUUCCGAUUGUUGCGAGCCACUCUCCCACCCGCCGGGCCGCCAGGCUGCAGAAGCCGCAGACGCGGCCGUUAGGGGCGCGGGGUGACUCGGUGGUGGUGGUGGACGCGGGCACGGCUCCUCGUCACCCCGUGCUGCUGCUGCUACCUUCCCAAUCACCUGUGGUUCCUCCUCCUGGUGCCUCCGAGUCAUCCAUUCUCCUCCUCCCCCCCCCCACCGAGUCAUCCUCUCUCUUUCUCUCUGUCGUCCUCUCUGAGUCAUCCUCUCUCUGAGUUAUCCUCUCUCUCGAGUCGUCCUCUCUUUCUGUCGUCCUGUCUGAGUCAUCCUCUGAGUCAUCCUCCGAGUCAUCCUCUCUCUCGAGUCGUCCUAUCUCCCUGAGUCGUCCUCUCUCUCGAGUCGUCCUCUCUCUCUGUCGUCCUCUCUGAGUCAUCCUCUGAGUCAUCCUCUGAGUCAUCCUCUGAGUCAUCCUCUCUCUCGAGUCGUCCUCUCUCCCUGAGUCGUCCUCUCUCGAGUCGUCCUCUCUCUCUGUCGUCCUCUCUGAGUCAUCCUCUGAGUCGUCCUCUUAGUCAUCCUCUCUCCGAGUUAUCCUCUCUCCCUGAGUCGUCCUCUCUCUCGAGUCGUCCUCUCUCUCUCUCUUGAGUCGUCCUCUAUCUCCCCGAGUCGUCCUGUCUUUCUCUCAGAGUCGUCCUCUCUCGCUCUCAGAGUCGUCUUUUACGAGAGCGAGUGACUUGCACGCUACGAGUUGAAAUCAUCACAGGAAGACCUCGCUGCAGCGCUCUCAAGAUGCGUUGCUGGGGAAGCGAGCAGCGCUAAUCGAAACGGCGCUAAACGGGGGUCGUUAUACCAUUGCUUUCAUAGGGUUGCGUUCCCGAGAGCGCUCCUUCGCACGAGCAACACGCGAUGGCUUCAUUGGGGUGUCGGUAAUAGCGCUUAUAAUAACAACGGAUGGUAAACAUUAUUUUUAGUAAAUAAACAUCAUUAUUUACAACAGUAAACGUUGUGUACCGUACCCACGAGUGCUUUCUACCUCUACACGGCAGCGGCGGGAGAGGGGGUUGAAGGAGCUGCUGCUGCUGCUGUACUCCCAGUUCGGGGUCACUCUCAGCGAAGAGCUCCAGGAGCUCCGUGCGUGAUCUUAGCCGACGAUGCCCUCCAGUCCGAA